UCGGCCCCGCCCGACCCUGAACGUCGUGGCUCAGGCCACGCCCAUCAUUGGUACCUCACUAGACACUUUGAGUCCGGGGAUUGUUGCGUUUGGUGUCUGCACUCGAAAAGAUGCCUGUGGUGAUCCACCAAGAUUUGAAUCUAUGAUGUUCAAGGGUAAUCCUGCACCCUUUUAUCGUCAUGGGGACAGAGUCGAAUUUAAGUGUCGUUUAGGAUACAAGCGUAUUGUACCUCUUCUCGCUACCACCGCUGUUUGUCAGCCUGAUAGCACUUGGACACCCCUCCAGGAGGCUUGUACAAAAAAAUCAUGCCCACAGCUAGCAGAUCCCACAAAUGGUCAAGUGGUCUACGUAAAUGGAACUUACCAGUUUGGUUCACAGGCUCACUAUGUUUGUAAUGACGGUUAUCACUUACUUGGAACAAAAAUUGCAUAUUGUGAACUUUCUGGAAAUAGUGUGGAAUGGAGUGACAGUCCUCCACAGUGUGAAAGAAUUUUAUGUCAACCUCCCGGAAAAAUAUCAAAUGGGGAAUAUACGAAUAGCUACAAGGACAUAUUUGAAUAUAAUGAAGUAGUAAUUUAUAGUUGUAAUCCCUCAAAUGGACCAGAUGAAUAUUCACUUGUUGGAGAGAGCAGGCUUAUUUGUUCUGGGCAUAAUGAAUGGAGCAGUGACCCUCCUCAGUGUAAAGUGGUCAAAUGUCAAUAUCCAGUACUCAGGAAUGGAAGACUGGUGGCAGGAUUUAGAAAAAAAUAUUACUACAAAGCACAGGUUACAUUGGAAUGCCUGGAGGGAUUUUACCUUGAAGGCAGCAGCUUACUUACCUGUGGAGCUAACAGUAAUUGGGAGCCUAAGAUACCAAAAUGUAUUCAAGGUACAAAUACCUUUUCUUUUUUUAUUAUUUUUUUGACAUUUACAUUUUAUUUCUUGACAUCAAUGAAACAGAAUAAUUGAAAAGAGGCAGUUUUUGUAAUUAACUAUGUCUUAGAUUCAUUUCCAUGACAGAUGUAUGACAUAAAAUGUAUAUGUUAUUUAUAUUUGUUAGCACAUUAUGUACAUCACUGGUGCCUAAAUUUCUGUUGUUUGGCAUUUUUAUGUGUAAAUUGUGUAGCAUAUAUUUUUCCAAUAAGUUGAAGCAUGGGAAAGUUUACUUAUGUAAGUCAAGAAUAAAAGGCAUCUUAUCAUAUACUGAAAAUAAUAACCAUUGGUUGAGCCAGCCUACAUUAUUUUGUUUUCUAAAUGUUUACUCCUCCCAGGAAAAAAACUAUGAUUUCCUAUGUCUCAGAAUUAGUAACUUUCUGCUUUAUUUUUCAAAGUUUAAA